GCUACAGAUCACCUUUUUCCUGUCCAGUACUUUCUGGAGAGAGAAGCUUAAAAACUGCUACUUAAUAAUAUUUUCCCCCUUACAGAGAGAAAGUUGUGGCAGAAGCAGAGAAGUCAGAAGAUACGGUGUUUUAAUGGCAGACUGGGGACCAGUUGUGGUGGCGGUUAUACUGUUUGUAUUGUUGUCUCCAGGGAUGUUGUUUCAGCUUCCCGGCAAUGACCGCUCAGUGGAGUUCAGCAACUGGGCCACCAGCGGAAGAUCUGUUCUGGUACAUUCCAUCAUUUUUUUUGGCCUCAUGGCCUUGUUUACUGUUGUAAUUGGUGUGCAUAUAUACACUGACUGAUAUACAGCGUUAGAGUAGCUGCUGUUGUAAUAAAAGAAUGGAUCAACUUUUGUUUUU